CGCCACCUCUUUUCUGAACCUUAAUCUAAAAGAUAACUUCGACGCGUUCUUGUUUCAUAUAUAAAUUUCAAUCAGUUCAAUCAUCAAACAUAAAAACUAAUUUAGUUCAAGAUUCAAUCAUGGCAGCAGGUUCAUCAUCUCCUCCAAAAGCAACACCACCACCACCACCACCACCAUCUUCAUCAGAGGACACAGAGAAAUGGGGAACCCAUGUCAUGGGACAGCCGGCGAACCCAUCUGAACACCCUGACAAUCAAAAAGCCGCCUCAUGGAACGCCGCAGAGCACCAGCAGUUCCACCACCAGCAAUCGCCGUAUCUGAUUUACUCUCCCGUCGACAAACCCACCAGCAACCCAUUAGAGCCUGUCAUCCACUUCUUCAAUUCAUGGACCACCAAGGCAGACACCAUCUCCCGCAACAUCUGGCACAACUUGAAAACAGGGCCGUCGGUGACCGGAGCAGCGUGGGGUAAAGUGAACUUAACGGCGAAGGCAAUCACGGAGGGUGGAUUCGAGUCUAUGUUUAAACAGAUCUUCUCACCUUCUGAUCCAAACGAGAAGCUGAAGAAAACUUUCGCAUGUUAUCUUUCAACAUCCACCGGCCCUGUCGCCGGAACGAUCUAUCUAUCCACUGCUCGUAUCGCCUUUUGCAGCGAUCGACCGUUGUGCUUCACGGCACCUUCCGGUCAAGAAACCUGGAGCUACUACAAGGUUAUUAUACCAUUGGGGAAUCUUGGAGCUGUGAAUCCGGUGACGAUGAGGGAGAAAUCGUCGGAGAGAUACAUACAGAUAGUUACGGUUGAUGGUCAUGAUUUCUGGUUCAUGGGAUUUGUGAACUAUGAGAAAGCUUCGAUGCAUCUUAUGAACAGCUUAUCGGAAUUCAAUGGAAGAGUGGCAGCAGCUGGUGAUGUCUAACUUGAUGUGGUUUGGUUUUGAGAUUCUUGUUGUUCGAUGUAUAAGACUAUAUGUAGAUCGCCGGAAAUUUGUUUGUAUUAUCUUCUGGUUUGUUUGUAUCUAAUUACGGCUGUAUUUAUUUCCGUAUGUAUGUAUUUUGGAUGUCAAUUUAGAUUUGAUUAGUAAUUAUAGAAAUAUUU